AUGUCAGCGCACAACAGCUCCAACACCGGCUCUAAGACAUCCACGGGCAUGGCUUCACAAGAAAAGACACCCGCCACCGCUGGAAUCGGCGAGGACAAACCCAAGAUGUUCGAUGCCCAGGGCUCUAUUGGCAAACAGUUUACUGAAGAAGGAGCAAUUGGCGGUACAGCGCAGAAAAUCGGCGGUCCUUUGGAUAAAGAGGGAAUGGUCGGAAAGCAGUUUACUACGGAGGGUAGCGUAGGCGGAUCCGUACAGUCAAAGCUCGGAGGUCAAAGUGGCAGGAGUAAUUAG